AUGGCCAAUGUAAUAGACCUUAAAAAAGAAUUAUAUAAUGCCCUCCAAGAUUCUUCUAAGAUAGUUUCAUACAAUGCUAAAUUGCAGGAUAAGUAUGAAAAACAAGAAAAAAAAUCAAUCGGAAGAGAGGUCAAUGGGAUCGGGAUAGAAAGAAGUGGACAACUAAUACAUAGUGUUGUUUCUUCUGAAAUAAUGUUUGAAAAUAAUACUUCGGAUAGAAAGUCAAAGAAAAGAAACCCAGGAUCCAGUUCUAGAUCUGUUCUGGUAUCUGAUUCAGUAAAUAUUCCGAUAAAAAAAGUAGUUGAAAUAGAUGAUUUACAAGCUAGACUUGCACAAAAUCGCAAAAAAAGAGAAGAAGCUAAAC